UCCCCCCCUCACAUGUGGGUGUGUGUGUGUGUGUGUGUGUCAGCAGUAACCCAGUCGCUCUUCAUCUCUCAGUCAUGUUGUCAUCAGGCCACGCCUUCAGGCGUCUCGCAGCCUCCGGUUGCUUAGGAAGCAGCCGCUCCAUAGCAACCAUCAUUUCUGGCAAAGAGAUGUCCAAGUUGUUGAGAGACAGGCUGAAGAACGAGGUGCAGAAGAUGACGAGCGAGUUCUCGGGGUUCAAACCCGGUUUGUUGGUUCUUCAGGUGGGAGACAGAGACGACUCCAACUUGUACAUCAGCACCAAACUGAAGGCUGCGGCUCAGAUUGGAAUUGAUGCGAAACAUGUGAGGCUUCCGAACACGGCAACGCAACACGAGGUCCUGCAGAGCAUCAUGUCGGUGAACGAGAACCGCUCAAUUCACGGUUUGAUCGUGCAGCUUCCUCUGGACUCUGUGAACGCCAUCGACACUGAACUCAUCAUCAACGCUGUGUCUCCUGAGAAAGACGUGGACGGUCUGACUUGGAUAAAUGCAGGGAAGUUGUCUCGAGGUGAACUCAACGACUGUUUCCUCCCGUGUACACCGAGAGGCUGCAUGGAGCUGAUCAGACAGACAGGCGUUACCGUUGCAGGAUCAUCCGCGGUGGUGAUUGGUCGAAGUAAAAUCGUUGGUGCUCCAAUGCAUGACCUGUUGUUGUGGAAUCAUGCCACAGUGACCACCUGUCACUCAAAGACAACAGACCUACCUGAGCAGGUGAGUAGGGCUGACAUCCUGGUGGUGGGAGCAGGUAAAGCGGAGAUGAUCAGAGGAGAGUGGCUGAAAGAAGGAGCUGUGGUCAUUGACUGUGGAAUCAACCACAUACCUGAUCAGACAAAGGAGAGCGGUAAACGUGUCGUUGGAGACGUCCACUAUGCCUCAGCCAAUCAGAGAGCAGGAUUCAUCACACCUGUCCCAGGAGGGGUGGGGCCGAUGACGGUGGCCAUGCUCAUGGAGAACACGGUGCAGAGCGCGCGUCGCUUCCUCAAACACGACUGAACUGAAUCCACUUCACAGGAAACACGGAGGUGGACAGGUGUGGACAAGACAACGUCCUCUGUCUCCACAGAUUUGAAUAAGCAUCCUGUUUCACCUCAUCAGGCAAAAAACCUGACUUGUUUUACUUCAUGUAGUCAUAUGUAAAGUGAAUUGAGUAAUGGACAUUUUGCUUUUGCUUUGUGACGAUUGCAGGAACAGACUUGUUUAUCUAAAAGGGAAACUGUGGGUUAACUUAGGAUUUCACUCAAGUCACUCCAGGGGUUUUGUGUGUAAAUGAAGCCAGGAUGUCCCCCUCCCUAAUAAAACAUCAAAGAAGGUAAUGGUUAGCUUCUUUUCCCUUGUGGGAGGGGCCCAUGCCUUAUAAGAACACAA